AUGUCGCACGUUGUAAGGAUCAAGGAGGCGCUAGAGGGCCUCGAUCAAGCGACAUCGAACAUAUGGGCGACCGAUCCACUGGAGGGGGAAACCACGGACAGGGAAACACCAGGAGAAGAGGGUGGCCGAAACGUGAUGGAGAAUGUCAGCUUGGAUCAACCACAUUCGAAGGGCCAAGAUCAAGGAAUAUCGCCGGCGGAAUGUGGUGGAUCAGAUCUGCCAACAAUGAUGAGUGUGUGGCCUCGGACAGGACACGCGACCCGUGAUCCAUUGGAUGAUAAGUGUACCACGUCCAUAUCGCAGAAAACGGACAGAGAGGAAGAUCAACCAGGCACAUCAGAUCUGGAUCUUACCUGGGAUUCAGAUCAAGAUUAUGAUGAAUGCGUAUAUUAUCAUGAAGGAAGCGAUCUAUACGCCGAAGAUGUCGAUGGACAGAUGGCGGUGCUGCCCGAAGUACCUGUGGCGACGGAAGAUGUAAGGAUCGAAGACAUUCAACUAUGCGGAUCUGAUAAUCAGACUCCAGGAGAGAUCGAGCGACUUCGCCAAAGGAUUUGGAAGUUCCGACACCUCUUGAUCGGGAAAGGAAAUGCCCUCCCGCCGGCCGCUAGAGGCGUGGUGUGCGAUAUCGAAUCGACGUCGGAGGAGCAAGACCCAUCGCCCUCAAGUGUCUUCAGAGAGAAGCUGGCAGACCUGAUCAAGGGUCUACUGUCCGCCAAGAUGAUCAACUAUUCCAGAUCACCAUGGGCUUCACCCAUAGUGGUGAUUAUUAAGAAGAAUGGGGUGGACAUCCGGCUGUGUAUUGAUUAUCGGUUGGUUAAUAGUCUGACACAACUGAUGGUAUACCCAAUGCCCUUGAUCAACGAUCUACUCGAAGAUCUGGAGUCGACACUGUGGUACUGCUCCUUGGACAUGGCAAGUGGAUUUUGGGUAGUGAAAAUGAUGGAUCGUGCUCGGUUGAUCUCGGCUUUUAUCACUUCCUUUGGGUUAUUUGAGUGGAAUCGAAUGCCUUUUGGCUUGAAGAAUGCGCCCAAGAUAUAUCAACGUAUGAUCGACAACGCGCUAUAUGGGUUCACCCGGAUCCCGAAGUCUAAAGAUCACGGAAGUACUUUGGAUGUGUUUGAGGACGGGGAACCGGUGGAUCCAGGCGAGCCAUCGGUGCUUGGUCGCAGAUCAUAUAUCGAUGAUAUCCUGAUCCCCGCCAAUAGCUGGGAUCAACUAUGUGACCGGGUCGAGGGGUUGCUUGAAACAUGUGAUAAGUGGAAUCUGUCGAUCAGUGUGGUUAAAAGUUUCUGGGGAAUGCCUAAGGUGGAGUACCUUGGACAUAAGGUCUCGUGUGAUGGACUGGAGGCGAAUCCGAAAGAUCUGUCUGCAUUAACUGAUCUAGUCUUUCUAGGAUCACUCAGAGCCAUGCAAUCAUUUCUGGGAAGAUACGCGUCGGUUCUCUACGAAUUGCGAGAAAUCGACUUUGCUGCGAUGACGAAAGAGGCCACCCAAGCGCGGAUCCAACAAGUACUGGAAGCAGAAGGCGCAGAUCAAAGAUCACAGGAAGAUCGGGACGUCGACCACCGAAGGACCUUGGAUCCAGAGGCGCCCGAUCCUAUGGAGAUCCACGUUGAGAUCCGCGCUGGAUCCACGCCCAUCGGUCUUUCAACGGCCACAGUGGUGGUAUACGCUAGCGACUGGGCCAUCUCAGGAGCUUUGAUGCAAAAAUAUGACCAGAUCUACGACCCCGUGACGUUCGCGAGCCGCACUCUGAAGUCGAAUGAGUUAAACUAUGGGAUCGCGGAAAAGGAGGUGUUAGCCCUUCUGAGGAUCUUGGAUCUAAACUAUAAUACGUUGGUUGGGCGCCCAAUCCGCGUGCUAACCCGACACUCAACCUUGGCGUGGCUCUUCAGAUCCACGGCUUUGCAAGGACGUCUGGGACAAUGGGCUGCUCUGUUGUCGCCCUGGACGUUGGAGAUCACUAAGUGCAGGACGAGAUCCUGGGAGCGCUAG